GAACCGUCAGCCGCGGUCAGCUGACACACUGUGACACAAACCUAUACUUUCUAUGACACUGAUAACUGAUGCUGUUUACCUGACUGGACCAUAGACAGUAUAUAAGAAGGACUGGACGGACAGGAGGAGUAAAUAAAUCACACCAUGCUGCCUGAUAAAGAUGGUCCAGUUGUUGGAGGCGGGAAGAGCUUUCCUGAGGGAGAGGAUCUCUCUGUGAGUCUGUUCAGAGAGUACCUCCGUCUCAAAACUGUCCACCCAGACCCUGACUAUGAUGCUGCUCUUCGGUUCCUGGACAGAAUAGCUGACGAGCUUGAGCUACCCAUGAGAAAGAUUGAGGUUUGUCCAGGCAGAGUUGUGUCGAUUAUGACAUGGGAAGGGACGAACCCGACCUUGAAAUCCAUCUUACUGAAUUCCCACACAGAUGUUGUACCCGUUUACCAGGAACAUUGGAAAUACGAUGCUUUCAGUGCUUUCAAAGAUGCAGAGGGCAACAUUUAUGCCCGGGGAUCACAGGACAUGAAAUGUGUAACUAUACAGUACAUCCAGGCAGUCAGAAGACUGAAGGCAGAGGGAAGGAAACUGAUGCGCACUGUGCACUUAAUGUUUGUUCCUGAUGAAGAAGUUGGAGGUCACAAGGGAAUGGAAACAUUUGUGAAGCAUCCGGAGUUCCAAAAAUUAAACAUUGGCUUUGCGCUGGAUGAAGGUCUGGCCAACCCUGGCGAGGCCUUCACUGUGUUUUAUGGAGAGAGGAACCCCUGGUGGAUUACAAUCCACUGCCCAGGCAGUCCAGGCCAUGGGUCGAGGUUUGUGGAGAACACAGCUGCUGAGAAGCUGCGUCAUGUCAUAAACUCCUUCCUGGACUUCAGACAGAAGGAGAAACACAGGCUAAAUACCAGUGAGUGUUUCACUCUUGGUGAUGUCACCACAGUGAAUAUGACCAUGGUCAAAGGAGGCGUGGCCUACAACGUCAUCCCAGCUGAAAUGGACGUCAGCUUUGACCUAAGAAUACCACCUACAGUAAACCUACAGGAGUUUGAAAGACAGAUCAAAGAGUGGUGUAAAGAAGCAGGAGAAGAUGUCACUUACGAAUUUGCUCAGAAACAUAUGAACCAGAACUUGACUUCUACAGAGGAGAGUGAUCCUUGGUGGAACGCCUUCAGUGCAGCCUGCAAGGCAAUGAACAUUACUCUGGAAAAGGAGAUAUUUCCAGCUGCCACAGAUAGCCGUUUCAUUCGAGCGGUGGGUAUCCCUGCUAUCGGCUUUUCCCCAAUGAACCGGACGCCAAUUCUGCUGCACGAUCACAACGAGUAUCUGAACGAGCAUGUUUUCCUGAAAGGCAUCAGCGUGUUCGAGAGGCUCAUCUCAGCUCUCACCAGUGUUCCUGCCUUUCCUGAUGAGGCCUAGACAGAUCUUAAUUUUAAUCCUCUCUAAAAUGUAUUUCAAUGAUGAUUUGAAUAUUUUACUUGAACAUUUUGCAGAGAUUACCAAAGAAUAAUAACAUGUAUACCAUUAGGCCAAACUGAGCACCUAGCCUUUUUUUUAUUUUAUUUGAUGAUUCUCAGGAUAUAGGCGCAGUAAGCUUUUCAUUACUCAGUAUUAUGGCAGAAUUUUAACAUACUUACUGCAUGUCAACAUUGUUGAUUUAGUUUGCCUGUGUCUAUGCAGUCUUAAAAAUAUAUCACCUAUUGUGUAAACAAUGUUUUCUCCAUAUGGAAAAAUCAUCUUACUAAAAUGUGAAGACGACUUUGAUCAACUCUUAGAUCAAACGUCAUUUAGUUGCCGCUUUUUAAAUUUAGCUUGAUUUUGAAACUUUGAUUCCACAGAUAUCAUUUUUAUUUAAUAAACUGGAAUUGAAUAAA